UGGAGGCCGAGGAAUGGUGCAAACAUCUUUGCAUGGAGUGUCUAGGAACCAGACUGAAUGACAUAAGCCUUGGGGAACCUGAUCUGCUGGCUGCAGGAGUGCAGAGGGAGCAAAAUGAACGAUUCAAUGUAUAUCUUAUGCCUACACCAAAUCUAGAUAUUUAUGGGGAAUGCACAAUGCAAAUUACACAUGAAAACAUCUAUCUCUGGGAUAUUCACAACGCCAAGGUCAAGCUGGUGAUGUGGCCCCUUAGUUCGUUGAGGAGAUAUGGUCGUGACUCAACUUGGUUCACAUUUGAGUCAGGAAGGAUGUGUGACACAGGAGAAGGACUAUUUACCUUUCAAACAAGGGAAGGAGAAAUGAUCUAUCAGAAGGUACACUCCGCGACCUUGGCGAUAGCAGAACAGCAUGAAAGACUAAUGCUAGAGAUGGAGCAAAAGGCCCGGCUUCAAACUAGUCUGACUGAACCAAUGACAUUAUCCAAGUCCAUCUCCCUCCCUCGAAGCGCGUAUUGGCACCAUAUCACACGGCAGAACAGCGUUGGAGAAAUCUACAGUUUACAAGGCAAGUGGCUUUAA